AGGACUUUACUCAGGCCAACACAACAACUUCAUUCCUUAUCCGCUCAAGUAUCAACCGAUCCUUUCUGGUUGAUGGAAAAACUGAAUAGAUGAGAGCUUUCCCCAAACUAGCGGCUUUCUUAAAUACCUUCUCGGUACCGUGGGAAAAUCCGAGGUCCCUAUAGAAAACGAGAAUCACAAAACCGCUGCUUCAAGAAUCGCUUCGAAUUUACUGUAAUUUCCAAAGAGAAAUUGUUGUUGUUGAAUCAGCAUUUCCGUAGUUCUUGAGCUUCCCAAUUCGGUUUAAGGUUCUUGCGUAGGACUAUGACGAUCGGGCUGAAACAGGUCAGAUUAAAAGUAUGUACUUGGCUCCGCAAGAAGAUUGUCGACCCUCUUCUCCAAAUCCUUACUAGGGGAGCCGAACCGAAGCAAUUAGCAUUCUCUGGUGCACUUGGCAUUACGUUAGGAAUCUUCCCCAUUUGCGGUGUUACAAUAUUUCUGUGUGGAUUGGCUAUUGCAUUGCUUGGAUCUUUAUGUCAUGCUCCAACAGUAAUGCUUGCUAACUUUAUUGCCACCCCAAUCGAAUUGAGUUUGAUAAUCCCAUUCCUGCGAUUUGGAGAAUCAAUUACUGGUGGCUCUCAUUUUUCUUUGACAUCUGAUGCACUAAAGAAGGUUUUCACUGGUGAAGCUUCACAUGAACUCUUGCUAAGUAUUUUACGUGCGCUGUUGGGAUGGAUUGUGGCUGCACCAUUCAUUCUGGCAGGCCUAUAUAUACUCUUCUUGCCAUGUUUUGCAAUCUUGGUCAGUAAGUUCAGUGGCACAGUUCUUCCAUCUUCCCCCAAGAUCCCAUUAAUUCAACCCCAUGCUGAACUGAAGGUCAAGGUGAGAGAUGUCUGAUCAACAAGGGUUAGGGAAAGUUUGUAAAUAGAACUCUGGAGAGUCCUAUUUAUGCAUGUAUAUAUAUGUGACAAUAUUUGAUACAUAUUUUGCUAAUAAUUUUGUAUGGAGUACUACUUCUCUGUACCCAUAAAAAUAGUUACGUUUAUCCAAUGUAUUACUUUUGAGUUUAAUAACCAAACUUAGGGAUGUUAGUAAUACUCGUAUCAAUGGAUAUUUAUACAAUCCACUCCGUACAUGUGAAUGAAAACCAAUAAAAUACGG